GAAUAAAAAAAGAAAAAGAAAUACGACGGUAUGAAUGUCCAACUAUUUGACUCGUGAUAACAACCGAAGUUUCCGAUCAUGCGGCGACUACGCGCUGUUCCCCCGCUCUAUUUUGCUCACAGAUUCCACGAAAAUGUUCUCCUUUUCCAUCUAAAAUUUUCUAUUUUUAUUUCCACCAAUUUUCUUUUGAUUUAAUGCUUUUAGAAAAUCCGAUAAACAAAUUCAUCGCAGAAUCUGAAUCCGAAUAUCAUAUAGCAGUAUUCUCACGCAACUGAGAAGAGAUUCCGUUCAAUUUUCUCGGUGUAUUAGUAGAGAAACCCCCUGCCUUCCCACCCUAACUGAAGGGAGGAAGAAAAAUGGAAAAAAUGAUGAAUAUGUUGAAGAAACCAAACCCACAGCAAUUAAUGAGAGAUUGGCAGCGUCGACUUCGCCAAGAAUGCCGCAACAUCGAACGCCAAAUCCGAGAUAUACAGAGAGAAGAGAAGAAUGUACAGAAAGCAAUUAAAGAGGCUGCUAAGAGAAAUGACAUGGGUUCUGCUAAGGCACUUGCUAAAGAACUUGUGAGAUCUAGAAAAACUGUGAACCGUCUAUACGAGAACAAGGCACAAUUGAAUUCAAUAUCAAUGCACCUACGAGAAAGUGUUGCUAUUGCCCGCACUGUGGGACAUUUGUCCAAAAGUGCUGAAGUCAUGAAGCUUGUCAACAAUCUUAUGAAGGCUCCCCAAAUGGCUGUUACCAUGCAAGAAUUCAGCAAGGAAAUGACCAAGGCUGGUGUUAUCGAAGAGAUUGUGAAUGAUGCUGUGGACAAUGCACUUGAUUCGGAAGACAUUGAAGAAGAAACUGAAGAAGAGAUUGACAAGGUCCUAACUGCAAUUGCCGGCGAGACUUCUGCCCAACUUCCUGAAGCAAUCAGAAAGGAGAAACUAAAACAACCUGUGCAGAGUGUAGAAGAUUCAGAGGAGAAUGCUGACGAUGAAGAAGAGCUAGAAGAAAUGAGAGCUCGUCUUGCAAGAGUUCGAUCGUAACUUGAAUGUAUGCGUGCAAAAUAUUCAGGUUUUUUUUUUUUUUUGUUUAAUUUUUUAAUUUUUUAAUUUUUUCUAUCUGGAUUGUAAUAUGUGGAAAGAAGUAUAAUGUAUUUUGUAGAGCAUCUUGUGUAUUGAAAAAUCUUAGCUUUAUGCUGUAAUUAGUUCUCUGUAUGCACUUUUGGUGCUCUGGCAA